GCCAACCUUGCUCAUCACGCUGCUGGAUCGCCUCCGCGCAUCAAAAGGAGGUGAGGUCUGAAGUUGAUACCGGCACGAGGCUGUCCCACCUGACACCACUGGCGACUUGAACAAGCGACAACUGCCAUCCGGCUUCUAAGUUUAGGGGAGCAGACUAGACGAGCAUCACCACUACAAGGAGAGAAUGUUCCGAGCAUUUCUACGAAUAAAAGUUUGCAUGCUUGAUAACCACCCGCCAUCCAAGAACAAACGAGUGAGUACUACGACGCGGUUCUUGGAUUUGCCAGCAGAGAUACUGGACAUCAUCUUCGACGACCUCGAUAUCCUGGACCGUUGCUCUCUUGCGCUUUGCUGCAGACAACUGUGCCGGAUUGCCUGGUCCAACGAGCACCUGGAGUACUCGCUCAUUGAGCCUCCCAGCAUCAGGAGCCUCCAGUAUUUCUUCCAAUGCCAAUUAGGUCGUGGGUGGAUCCCUGAUACCCUCCGGUACUGUCCCGAUUGUGGCAAGUUCGCUUCCACAACACAGGUCCAAUGGCGGGCUAUUAGCGAGAAGCAGACCAGAGAGAUGUCGGGAAGGGUUUCUCGAUUAUGGCGUGCCAGAAGGGAAGAUGGAUGGCUUCGGUACUGGAUCGAUCGAUGGUGUAUGGACGAAUUCGACCGUCCAGAUAAAGUCACCAUGACGCUCCUUCAACAAGAUCCGACUACGCCUGUCUGUCCGAAAUGUGCAAUGCAGAGUACUGAGGGCAAUAGAUGGAGGUUAAAAAAAUCUCGGCAUUUGUGCGGCUGAUUCUCCUUUUCUGACCAGAUGCAUCUUUGUCAAGGCCAGCACGAUUGCACACCUAGAUCUCACCGCUACCGUGGAGGGAUGCCUUCAGAAGAAUUAUGAGCACAGUAUCCAUCAUGUCGGACUGGCUUGCAGCACAUGAACGCUGGAGAAGUCCCGCACCGGGGUUGGCUAUUCGAGGUAGUCUUUCUGAAUGAUGCUCUCGGUGGGGCUUGAAUGAGAAGUGAGGCUGAUGGCAUCGAGUCGAGGAGCCGGGGUUUACAAUGGGGCAUGACCUACAGAACGCACACAGAUCGAUACUAUAGGUAUCAUCUAACCCGAAGAUAGUCGAUCACGGAGUGGCAUUGAUGUGAAAGGGAGAGAUCUCGGGGCGCGAAGACAAGAUACCAAACUUAUCUUGUCACUUGUACUGGUACAGGACGUCCAGUGCCGUCCCACGACCCAGUCAUGUGCGAUGGGACAAUCACUCGCAUGGUGCGAAUUCGAGAGUCCUGGUAUCUACGAGUCCAGGCGGGUAUCUGGGCGAAGACGCGCAAGAACACUGGCUGCGCGGAGACGGGUGAGAUUUGGG